GCUCCCCUCACCCCAUCUCUCUCUAUCACUUCACUCACUCGCUCUCUCAGUGGCAGGACCAGCCACUCGCUCGUCUCCCUCGGUGGCAGUGUUUUUUCGAUUGGUGUAAAUUAUGAGCACUAAUUACAGCGUGGAGCUGCAAGGCCCCGCCCCCUGGGGCUUCAGACUGUCGGGGGGCAAAGACUUCAACCUACCCCUCACCAUCUCACGGUUAACAGACAGUGGUAAGGCAGCUAAGGCGGGCGUGGGCGUGGGAGAUAUGGUGAUCACCAUCGAUGGUCUGAGCACUGAAAACCUGAAUCACCUGGAGGCUCAGAACAAGAUCAAAGCCUGCAGCGGAAACCUCAAACUUACCAUGCAGAGGGUGGUACAUGUUCCAAAACCUGCUGAAGCACCAAAGGCGAAUACAGUGGCGACAAUUUCUCCUGCUGGUGUCAGUAAACCUCCAGUUAACAAUCCUCGUGCUGGUCUCAGUAAACCUCCAGUAAACAGGAUGCCGCGUGUGCCCAUCACUCAGACUGAUAUCGGGUUCUACCACAUUCCCACUCACGCUGAUUACAGCAGGAAACGCAUCAUGGAGGACACGGAGGACUGGAGGCCGAGGACGGGGACGUCCCAGUCCCGCUCCUUCAGGAUCCUGGCCCAGAUGACCGGGACCGAGGAUGAGGGGGUCCGAUCAGAGGAGGUGGAGUCUGAUAAGAAGUCAGUAAAUGAGGUGCAGGAGUGUGAGCUGAGGGCUCAUGUGAGGUCUCCAGUAAAGACGAUGAUGAAAGGCUGCAGAUCUCCUGUAAAAAACCAAGCAGGUCUGAUUAACCCCACUUUUGGAUCCGGAAGCAACAGUCCACCAUUAGGCCCUGCCCUGGACCAGCCUUUGCCCCGCCCACAUCCCAAAGAUGAAGUGUCAUUGGUCCAGAGAGCGGAACACGUUCCUGCAGGAGCUCGAACUCCAGUGUGUGUUCACUGUGACUCCAUUAUACGGGGUCCGUUCCUGAUGGUGAUGGGUAGUGCGUGGCACAGGGAGGAGUUUGUGUGUGUGCAGUGUGGGGAGUGUUUGGGGGAGCAGGGCUUCGUGGAGGACGAGGGCAGUGUGUACUGUACUCACUGUUACCAGCUCUACCUCGCACCAACCUGCUCACGCUGCUCGCACAAGAUACUGGGGGAAGUGAUUAACGCUCUGAAGCAGACGUGGCAUGUGUACUGCUUCCUGUGUGCGUCGUGUCAACAGCCAAUCAGAAACAACACCUUCCACCUGGAGGACGGAGAGCCGUACUGUGAGAAAGAUUAUUAUGGUCUGGUUGGAGCUGGUUGCCAUGGAUGUGAUUUCCGAAUAGAGGCGGGGGAUAAGUUCAUAGAGGCUCUAGGCUUCACCUGGCACGAUACCUGCUUUGUGUGUGCAGUGUGCAGCUGCAGUCUGGAGGGUCAGGAGUUCUUCAGUAAGAAAGAUCGGCCGCUCUGUAGGAAACACGCCAGCCCCUCAGCACUCUGAUCACUUAUUCACCAGGCCGGUGUGUGGUCAGGUGUGUUCAGGUGUAUAUAUGUGUGUAUGAGUGUGUGUAGAUGAUGUGUCUGAUAGUUUAGUUUAGAGCACUAAGUGAUACAGUGUGUUAAUCUGCAGAAAUAUAGUGUGAAAUAUAGUUACUUAAUGCUGCAGACACAGUCCCACACUGCUCUAAACAUUCCAACAUAUAUCACCAAAACAUUAUUACAUAAAAGAUAUCUACAUUCAUUUAUUACUCUUUUUCACAUAUUGUAAUUUAUUUAUUAUCCUUCACUUUUCUUAUCAUUUGAUUAUUAUUUUGUAUUUGUUGAAUUGUUUUCUUUGGCAACAGUUAUUUGCAAUUCAUGCCAAUAAAGCUAUUUGAAUUA